GAGGCUUCGAUCUACGCGAGUCCAUCAUGGAAGACUCGCUGUACGAGCUGCUGGCUCCCCAUUUGCAGCCCAGGAUUACCAAUCACGAUGCCACAGAUCCGACAACGAUCCAGUAUCUCAACCGCCUGUCCACCCUCUCCUUGCAGUCCCUGACGUCGACAGAACCUCAAUCCCUCUCCCAAUCUUCCCAUUCGACCCUUCUCUCUCUCCAGGCCUUAUCCAAUCGAUCCCAUAAAGCAUUUAUUACCUCUGCGGACAGUCUCUCUGCCCUGCGCACAUCCAUCCCCCAACUCAGCCGCGAGACGCGAGAGCUUCGAGAUGCCAUUCCUAAGCUUGACGAGGAGGCUAUGCGCUUCUCAUCCAAGUACAGCAAGACUGCGGAGAACGUGGCUCUAGAUCGACGGAAGAAGGCGAUGCAGCUAGCGAGGAAUGUCGAUCGACUGUCGGAUAUCCUGGAACUGCCGGCCUUGCUCUCCACAGCUGUGUCCUCGGCGGCGGCAAAUUCAGGUGUAGCGGGUGCUUCAUCGUCUACUACAUACUCGUCCGCUCUGGAUCUAUAUGCGCACAUUAAGAGAUUACAGACGCUAUACCCUGAUUCCCCUCUGGUCGAAGACGUGGCUGCCCAGGCGGAAGAUGUUAUGAGGGACAUGACGACAAAUCUUAUCUAUGGGCUUCGGGCGCAUAACCUUAGACUUGCGGCUGCUAUGAGAAUGGUUAGUUGGCUACGGCGAGUGGCACCGGAGUUGGAGACGCUUCACCGCGGGAGUACGCCUGGCAAAGGGGAAGGAGCAUUUGGCGCUCUCUUUCUGGUAUGCCGGUUGGCAAAUCUGGUGUCUACACUGGAAGCAUUAGAUCCAUUGCGGGAGCUGGCAGACCAGGAAACACAGAAACGGCUGGGCAAUGUAGACAAGAGGGACGGCGUGUCGGCCCACGCCGGUCCCUGGUCCGAGGGUCACCAAACAGAGAAGUUCUUGAAAAGGUACAUUGAAAUAUAUCGUGAACAGAGCUUCGCCAUUAUUUCAUUAUACAAGAAUAUAUUCUCGCCAGAUAUAUCGGAGUCCGAUUUGGCCAUUGUUGGCCUACGAGGACUAGAUUCUCGAAGCAAACCGUCAUUGGCGCAGGCCACAGGCAAAGAGGACCUCUUGCAGUGUCUCCCUCCUGCUCUAGCGACUUUCCCCAUGCACCUAGUACAGCUACUUACGGAAACCUUGCGCACAUAUCUUCCUAAUGUCCAAGACAAGAGCUCGAGAGAGAGUCUGCUAACGCAGGUUCUGUACUGCGCAGCCAGUCUGGGACGACUGGGGGGAGACUUCAGUUUGAUUGUCACAGAGUUGACUACUACAGAGGAUGAAAGAGACGAGACCAUGGCUUGCGAGUGGGAGGAGGUAAUGAGGAAACAUCGGACACUGGCCGGGCGCCUGGAGCAGCUCACCGUCGGGAAUGCCACUCCGGGUUCCAGGAGCCCGUUGCGAGAGGCGUCUCCUGUUCACUGA